UCAACCCCAAGUACCUUCGGUGCGAUCAGUAUCCGUGCUGCGACCGUUGGUUGCACCGUCCCCGUUCUAUAAAUCAAGAUGAAGAUCCCGCGGCCAAACGGGAAUCCUAUCCGGCGAUCGAGUCCUUGGAAGCCGCGAGAGAAAUCGGACCGCUUCCUGAAUCGAUGAACUUUGCCGGAUCGAGAUACGGGCCAAGUAAAUAUUGCUCUACAACCUCGUACUGGCCCGUUCCUCCUCCUUUCGCGAGCGUCGCGCGGGAAAAGACGGUUCACGGUGUAGAUCAGCAUUCGGAUAAGGAUAAGGGGAGGACGAGUCAGCCGGACGUCGCGCGGUAUCGUCCCAUCUCCGUGGUGGCGAGGAUCGAUAGGGUUGGCGACGUCCCGACUGGGAAUCGCCACUGGGAAAAUCAUUUUAACGGCUGUGAUUUUUCGGAGAAGGCUUUUCGACAGCGCGGCGAGUUGUUGUCCUUCUCGACGGGGACGACUUACGAUCCUCCUCGCGAUGGUGGAUCGGAACAGCCCGAGGCGAGGAUGAGAAGUGGUCGAAGUCCCCGAAUCGGGGACGAAGAAGACGCUCUGGGACACGAUUUAUCCACGUAUGGUGAUUGUAAUUUGGAGCAAGGGAAGAUUGCCGAGGAUCGUCUUAGCGUGAUUCGUUCUCGGAUCGGCCCCGCUCAGAUUAGAACCGCGCCCAUAUCGGAAUCUACUAGAUCCUGCGAAAGGGCGGAUUUCGGCGAAGAUUUGACGUGUCGUGAGAGUUGUUUCGUCUGGAGAUCGCCGAGGAGACAAGUGGCAAACAGGGUGAUAGAUUCGCCGUGGAAACAGACUGUCAAGCCUUAUCAUUUGCCAAAAAUGCAGCCGAUGGCACUUCUUCAGCCUCACGUCGAGAACGUUAGAAGCGAGGAAAACCUACGUGUGUUGGAAACUACGCGAUCUUCUGUGAUCUCUAUCAGUCCUAAUCGACAGUUUUCUAAAAACUCUGCGGAUCAUUAUUACGGUGUUGAAGUUCCUACUACUCACGAAGUCACGUACCAUAAUGGUAGCAAAUUAUUGGAAGCAAAUUCUACCUUGGUAUCGAGGCCUCAAGAAUUUUAUUCCCCUCAAAUCCCUUCGUCGACGAUUACGCAAAUGGUUACAUCGAUAAACAAUGAUAUUAUAAACAGCGAGACGAUAUUACAAUCUCAAAAUAACGUAAUUUCCACAACGAGAACGUUGCCAUGUCCUAUGGAGAAUAGUCAGAUAAAUAUCAAUAAAAAGGGUGGCUAUUUCGGGCAAACGCUACCUCAAUCGCCGCAGAAGCUAGAAAUUUCUCAUCCUGUUAGCAGAUUGUGCGAUACGAUCGAGUCGACCGGUAAAAUCGAUCGUUUUACAAACCUAGAAGUUGAGAACUCGGAGAAAGAGGCGAGGAUCGACGAUAAGCUCGUUGAGAGAGUUAUUAUCAACAGUGAUAAGAACAAUAAUGAUGCCAUCGUUAGUCAGGAUGCUGUUCAACGGGGAAAAGGAGCACAGGAGAAUCAUAGGUGCGAUCAGUGUGGCAAGACUUUCGUUACCAAAGCCUCUCUAAAGGUGCACGUUAGAACGCACUCAGGAGAAAAACCUUUUCGUUGUACCGACUGUGGUAAACAAUUUUCACAACUACGAAAUUACAAGUACCACCGAAGCGUACAUGAGGGCACUAGAGAAUUCGCAGCGACCUGUCCAGAAUGCGGCAAAUAUUUCAACGACCGUGGCUAUCUAAGUUCCCAUAUGAAGAUUCAUCGUAACCGAAAAGAAUAUGGAUGCGCGGAAUGUGGUAAAAGUUUUAAUCAGCGAGUCGCUUACAAUAUGCAUGUUAGAAUUCAUACUGGAGUAAAACCGCAUCAAUGUGAACAAUGUGGGAAAGCGUUUUCUAGGAAAAUGUUGUUAAAACAACAUCUUAGAACGCAUUCCGGGGAACGGCCUUAUCAGUGUCAAGUUUGUCAAAAAGCUUUCGCCGAUAGAUCGAAUAUGACGUUACACACGAGAUUACAUUCUGGAUUAAAACCGUAUCAAUGUACGUUAUGUUCUAAAGCGUUCACGAAGAAACAUCAUUUAAAAACUCAUCUCAAUUAUCAUACAGGGACCAAACCUUAUUCUUGUCCAAAUUGUGGAUUAAGAUUUUCUCAAAGUAGUAAUAUGAGGACUCAUUUUAAAAAAUGUACCGUUAAUAAUCUGAUGGAAACGAAAAGUUCACAAUUGGAAGGUACUGUGAGAGACUCGUCUAAGACUGUACAAACGCGAAUAAUCUCGAGAACACCUACUGAUACGUUAACACCACCCAAUUCGGAUCAAGAAUUAAGUAUUUUAACACCGAUUUCUAAAAAUAAUGGAAUAGAAGGGAACGGAUUGUAACGAUAACGUAAGAGAUGCUAUUAAACCGUCUAUGUGAUUGUUAAGUAUUCGAAGAGAUAUUUUAGCGGUUAGUUAGAUAAAGAAAUAACAAGUACAUAUAUUCUUCGACUCGAUGAAAUCAAUCUGUGUGACAAAUUGAAGAAAUGAAGUACACGUCGCGGUUAUGAAUCAGACUUGUGUCAUGAAAUUUAGAUUCUCUAUAGGAUUGACAAUCGCAUAAAAUGUGUAGCUGGUUUUUAUAAUCAACGGAGCAACCAUUGUACAAAGAUGCUUUUUGCCCGGUGUUUUCAAGAUAAGUGGUUAAAACGAUAAGUGCUUGACGAGGCAAUUCAAUGAAUAAAUCGAUCGAAUUGCUACAGCCUGCAAAUGUAAUCGAACGAUAGAAAGUAUUAGAUUCGUUUGAAAGUAGCACUGUCAAUUGGUAAUCCGAGAGUUACCAUAACAGUAUGAACGACCGCCUUUUCCUAGAAAUCGUUGUUUUACGGUAAGACGUAUCGAUUUAACCUGUAAAUCAUUACAUCAGAUCCUGAAUUCCUUUUUUUCAUGUCUUUUUCCUUUUUCUUUUUAUCUCUUUCUAUUCAAAAGGUAUUAUCUACGUUAUUAACUUAUAAUUGAAAGAAUUGUAAAUUUUUAUAUAAUUAUUGUAAUUGCGGAAAAAAAAUUAUGCAAAAAAUGUGAUUUUUUUUCUUCGCAUGAUGAAUAUUAAUAAGAUUUCAGAAUUUGAAGAAUGAGAUUUAAUGAGAAAGUGACAUUUUUGUGACAUUUUGUAUUUUAAUCUGUUAUAAAUGAACUCCCAUUUUUUUUUUGUAAUAUAUACAUAAGUAUAUUACUUGUAUAAAAAAAUACGCAACAAUAAAAUUGAAUUUGCGA